AUGCAUGGGGACCGGAGGUUGCUGCUGCUCCUGCCCUUGCUGGCCAGUGGCCUAGGCGUCUGGGGCCGCAACCAAGAGGAGCGCCUGCUUGCUGACUUAAUGCGCAGCUACGACCCCCACGUGCGGCCGGCCGAGCAAGAGGCCGACGUGGUCAACGUCAGCCUGAAGCUCACGCUCACCAACCUCAUCUCCCUGAAUGAACGCGAGGAGGCCCUCACUACCAACGUCUGGAUCGAGAUGCAAUGGUGCGACUACCGCCUGCGCUGGGACCCCCAGGACUACGAGGACCUGUGGGUGCUUCGGGUGCCAUCCAGCAUGGUGUGGCAGCCGGAUAUCGUGCUGGAGAACAAUGUGGACGGCAUGUUCGAGGUGGCCCUCUAUUGCAACGUGCUGGUGUCCCCCAACGGCUGCAUCUACUGGCUGCCACCCGCCAUCUUCCGCUCCUCCUGCCCCAUCUCCGUCACCUACUUCCCCUUCGACUGGCAGAACUGCUCCCUCAUCUUCCAGUCCCGGACCUACAGCACCAACGAGAUCAAUUUACAGCUCAGCCAGGAGGGCGGUCAGACCAUCGAGUGGAUCUUCAUCGACCCAGAGGCCUUCACAGAGAAUGGCGAGUGGGCCAUCAGACACCGGGCAGCCAAGAUGCUGCUGGAUGAGGCAGCACCGGCCGAGGAGGCUGGCCAUCAGAAGGUGGGCUUCUACCUGCUCAUUCAGCGCAAGCCCCUCUUCUACGUCAUCAACAUCAUCGCCCCCUGCGUGCUCAUCUCCUCCGUGGCCAGCCUCAUCUACUUCCUGCCAGCCAAGGCGGGUGGCCAGAAGUGUACCGUGGCCAUCAACGUGCUCCUGGCCCAGACUGUGUUCCUCUUCCUGGUGGCCAAGAAGGUGCCCGAGACGUCCCAGGCGGUGCCCCUCAUCAGCAAGUACCUCACCUUCCUCCUGGUGGUGACCAUCCUCAUUGUCGUCAAUGCCGUGGUGGUGCUCAACAUCUCUUUGCGGUCCCCACACACCCACGCCAUGGCCCGCAGGGUCCGCAAGGUGUUCCUGAGGGUGCUGCCCCAGCUGCUGCGGAUGCAUGUGGGCCCACAGACCCGCUCAGCCGUGGGGGACCCGGGGACCCACCUACCAAAUGGCUCCACACGGUGGUCGGUGGGGCCCGGGGAGGCGGCGGCGCUGGGCCUGCCGCACAGCGAGCUGCUCUUCCAGCAGUGCAGGAGGAACGGGCUGGUGCAGAUGGCCCUGGAGAAGCUGGAGAAAGGCCCUGAGCCGGUGCAGGGGUGGUGUGGCAGUCUGAAGCAAGCCGCCCCGGCCAUCCAGGCCUGCGUGGACGCCUGCAACCUCAUUGUCCGCGCCCGCCGCCAGCAGAGUCACUUUGACAGCGGAAACGAGGAGUGGUCCCUGCUGGGCCGCGUGCUGGACCGUGUCUGCUUCCUGGCCAUGCUGGCCCUCUUCCUCUGUGGCACUGCGGGCAUCUUCCUCAUGGCCCACUACAACCAAGUGCCCGCCCUGCCCUUCCCUGGAGACCCCCGGCCCUACCUGCCCUCGUCCGACUGA